GCAGCAUGCGGACACGCACAUGUGCGCCUCUCUCGCAGCCGAUUGUCUGAGCCUGUGGCUGUCCAGGAUUUACAAACUUCGCCUAGAGUUAAAAAAAAAAAAAGAAAAAAAACCCAACAGCAACAGGACCUUUUUUUUUUUGUUCUUUCAGGGUUAUCAUCCCUUAACUCUCUGUGGAUCAUUUUCUGAACUUUUGAUGAGGACUUUGGUGUCGCCUCUUGUCCGAUGAUGGCGCGGGCAGUUUCAGUUUACUCACUUAUAAUAACGCUGGACAUCAUUUAUAUUGCAGCCAUCGACCUGCGGUUCAUGUCUGAUCCACCAACUCUUAACAUAAAUGGCACACAUCGGAUGAACAAAUCAGACAACCUGGAACUGAUUUGCAGAGGUCGGCAGUAUGUGAGGUGGUUGACCCCCCCAACAAGCACUCACUUCUCCAUCAGGGACUGCAGCGGGUCAGGAUUUUUCUGCUCAGCGCUGACCAUUACCAAUGCAACUGUCAAUGAAACAGGAGAGUACCACUGCUCGUACCCAGACCUGAAGGCUGAAGAUGGCAAGAAAGCAGUUUACGUCUUUGUCCACGAUCACAGGGUGCCGUUUGUUCCAUCUGAGAAGGAAUACGAGGUGGUAUUCAUCCGUGAAGGGGAGCGGGUAGUCAUACCAUGCAGAGGCUCACUAGAAAACCUUAAUGUUACUCUAAACAUUAAGUAUCCGACCAAAGAGCUUCAUCCUGAUGGCAAAGACUUGGUGUGGGAUGCCAAGAUGGGCUUCAUUGUGCCCACUCAUCUUAUCAGCUAUGCUGGUGUGGUGUCCUGCCAGACCCGGAUUGGAAAUGAGACUUUCAAGUCUCCUCUGUACAUUGUGGCUGUCGUGGGAUACAAGAUUCAUGACCUCACCCUGACCCCUGUGCAGCAGAGGCUGGCUGUAGGGGAGCAGCUGGAGCUCAUCUGCACUGCCAACACCGAGCUCAACGUAGGCAUUGAAUUCAACUGGACCCACUCGGGAGGGGCCCUGAACUCCGGGAAACUCCACACGAUUCCCCACAAGAAGAAGCUGUGGAACUCUCUGGAGCUUUCCAAUACUCUUAUUGUGGAGAACGUGACAACGGAACACUCUGGAGAAUUCAUCUGCACGGCAUCCAGCGGGCAGAUGGAUGAAAGUGCCUCUGCAUACGUCAAAGUCUACGAAAAGCCUUUCAUUGAAAUGAAGGAACCCUGGCCAAAGGUCUGGGAAGUAACGGUGGGAGCUCAAGCAAGUUACCCUGUCAGGUACUCUGCGUACCCUGAACCCAGCUUUAAAUGGUUAAAAGAUGGCCUAGUACUUAAGGAGAGUUACAGAAUCAAACAGAAGAGCGACGCUCUGGUCUUCCGUGGCGGAGUCAUGGAGGCAGAUGAAGGAAACUACACAUUGAUCCUAAGCAAUAAGGUCACAAAAGAGGAGCAGAGAUCCUCUUUCCAGCUGCUGGUCAAUUUGCCUCCUCGUAUUAUUGAGAAAGAAGUUCCAGUGGACAUGUAUUCAUAUGGUGGGAGCCCUGAUCUGACAUGUACCGCCCGUGGAUUUCCCAUUCCUGAGAGCAUUCAGUGGCAGUGGAUGCCUAAGGAAGACUGCAGGGAAACCUUUGUGCCCGGAGUGAUAAAGCCUGAGGUGGUGGAUAAGUGCAAAAACUGGAGAGAUAUCAGCAACAGCAGUGGGUACAACCAUAUAGAGAGGACUACAACUGACAUCGAUCCUCACGCAAAGAAAAUUGUAAGCACUUUAAGGAUCCGGAACGCAGACACCCACUCACUCUACAGAUGCAUGGCUUCUAAUAAAGUUGGGAAGGACAAUCGGAUAAUCAUUUUCCGUGUGACAAGCAACCUUGAAGUGAGUAUGUAUCCAUCUGAUAAGCCCUUGGAGGAGGACAAUGUGGCUCUGAGGUGCAAGGCGGACAAACUGAUCUACACCAACCUCACCUGGUUCCUUGCGGCUAAUGUGUCCAAGUCAGAGCGGGAUGCGCCGAUUCAGCCGUGUCACUCCAUGACCCUUCAGCCGGUCCCCGUGUCACAAGCUGUGCUGCCCACACAGCAGGGAACCAACAUCACCUUGGAGCUAAUGCUGCCCAAUGCAUCCUUUCAGGAUGAGGGCCUCUAUGCCUGCCAGGUGGUGAACAUAAAGACUGGGGUGAAAACGUGCCUUCUGCUGCGUCUGUCUCUAAGAGAUCUCAUGGCUGCAAGAAUUCGCAAUAAUUUUACUGACCAGAAAGUAAAUGUUAGUGCCACCAUUACUCUCCACUGUGAUGCCUUUGGGAUACCCAACCCAACAGUGGUGUGGACCAAAAACAAUAACACGGUGGUGGAGGGGUCUGGUGUGAUAUUGAACCAGAACAACCUGACAAUCCAGCGUGUGAAACAGCAGGACAGCGGUCUGUACACCUGCACUGCCUGCAACAGCAGAGGCUGCGACACCUCCCAGGCUGUCUUGACUGUUGAAGGUGCUGAAGAGAAGACUAAUGUGGAGCUGAUUGUUCCUAUCGGGUCGGUGGUCAUAGCCAUGUUUUUCUGGUUGCUGAUCGUCUUUGUUAUCCGUGGCAGAAAGAAGUCAAACGUGGAUCUGAAAACUGGCUAUCUGUCCAUGAUCCUGGACUCAGAAGACAUGCCAAUGGAUGAACAGUGUGAAAGACUCACCUAUGACGCUAACAAAUGGGAGUUUCCUCGGGACAGACUUAAACUUGGGGAACCACUGGGCCGUGGUGCAUUCGGGCAGGUGGUAGAGGCAGCAGCCUUUGGCAUUGAGAAAGUUACCACCUGCACCACUGUUGCAGUUAAGAUGCUGAAAGAGGGAGCCACCACAAGUGAAUACCGCGCCUUGAUGUCGGAGCUGAAAAUCCUCAUCCACAUCGGUCACCACCUCAAUGUUGUCAACCUGCUGGGAGCCUGCACCAAACCUGGCGGGCCACUGAUGGUUAUUGUUGAGUACUGUAAAUAUGGAAAUCUGUCUAGCUACCUGAAGUCAAAGCGAGGAGAGUACAGCCCCUACAAGAGAAAGCGAGUGGAAAGUGUGAGGUGGGUGUCUGCAGAGGAGGAUGUGACUGAAGGGGACUUGGGUUUAGGAAAGAUCCCUCAACUGGACAUCUGCACAGGAACAGCUGAAGACAAGCUUCCAGGCAACAACGUUAACGCUCAUGAAGAGAGCUCAGUUGAUGACCAUCUGACCAUGGAAGACCUGAUAAGCUACAGCUUCCAGGUUGCCAAAGGAAUGGAGUUUCUUUCCUCACGCAAGUGCAUCCACAGGGAUCUGGCAGCCAGAAACAUCCUGCUCUCAAAGAACAAUGUGGUCAAAAUCUGUGACUUUGGUCUAGCGAGAGAUGUUUAUAAAGACCCUGACUAUGUCCGCAAAGGAGACGCUCGUCUCCCUCUAAAGUGGAUGGCUCCUGAGACCAUUUUUGACCGGGUGUACACAACACAGAGCGAUGUCUGGUCCUAUGGGGUACUUCUUUGGGAGAUCUUUUCCUUGGGUGCUUCUCCAUAUCCAGGUGUUUGCAUUGACGAGUCCUUCUGCAGGAGGCUUAAGGAAGGCACUAGGAUGAGACCUCCAGAAUAUGCAACGUCUGAGAUAUAUCAGACCAUGUUGGACUGUUGGCUGGAUCGUCCAACAGAUAGACCCACGUUUGCAGAACUGGUGGAACAUCUGGGAAAUCUUCUUCAGGCCAACGCUCAACAGGAUGGAAAGGACUACAUCCCUCUAACAGCUGAUGAAGUAAAUCAAUGCUCAGCACCCAUAGAUACCUACAGCAGGCCUCAAAGUAAGGAAAUGCUGUCCUGCCACUAUGACCACCCAUCAUCACUCGGACUGUCCCAGCAGAGUGAAAAGUCCAGUCAGCCUCUCAGUGUGAAGAUGUUUGAGGAUAUCCCCUUGGUGCACAGCAGUAGAAUGGAAGGACACCCGGACUGCAGGAUGGGUUUCUCCAUAGAAGAAGGAAAGAGUUUGAACCAUCAUCCCUCGGCCAUGCCUAACUUCAGCCAACUGCUGCGCUGCAAGAGCAAGGAGUCAUUGGGUUCAGAGUCCUCCAAUCAGACGAGUGGCUAUCAGUCAGGCUACCACUCUGACGACACAGACACACCCAUCUAUGCCAACGAGGAGAUAAUCAAGAAGCACAACAAGCUGAUAAAGCCUCCUCUGCCCGAGACGCCAGACAAGUACAGCACGGAGAUCCGCUACAGCUCGCCGCCUGUCUGACCUACACUUUCAGCGUUUGUUGAUCUUCCUCUGUGGAAACAACGGCGUUGCGGCCAGAGGGGUCCGGCAAAGUGAUGGUCAGAAUAGUUGCAUAAUGAGUUGAACAAGUGAGCCUGGACAGAACGCCAUGCCCACUUCCCGAGGCCUGAUAUAUCCAUUUUCUCCUCUGACCUGGGAAUCUUUAGAUAGAUGAAUCAACAAAUGGCUUAUGUCUUCUCCUCUACAUGUUUUCUUCGUGUUGACACAACAGUCUGUUUGUACAGUUCUUUUAUUCUCAUUACUUACAUUAUUUCAUUAAAAAUAUUGUACAAGAUCUGCAUUUAAUGUCACGAGUUUAAAAGAAAAACAGAUUAGGGCAGUUUUGUUGCAAUUUUUUUCUUUCUCCCAUCUUUGCCUGGGAUUGAAAGUUCCGAUCACUCUGUGUUUGUCUGUUUCCAUCCAUUUCCUAUUUCCUGUCAGUGUAUUUCACAAAGAGAAAACAAUGCUUUCUCA